AUGGACCAAACAAAAUUCAACGACCAACAUCCUGGCCAGCUCAAAUUUGAUGAGUUUCUCACCGAAGAUGCGCUCAAAAUGAUGCGAUACACGAGCAACAAGCUAUCCCUAAAUUUCUUCCUCACACCGGGAACAGAGAAAGGGCAACCGCAUUGGGACUCACUCAACAAUGUGGGAAAUGAUCAGGCUUUUGGUGCGGAUCUCAAUAUUACGGACGAUUCUUUCUUGAGGAUCUUCGACGAUGUCAUAGAAAUUCCGGAUAUUCUCGCAAAUGAGCAACAGCAGAACCAACUCGGUGGAAGCCCGAGCGUUGCGAUGAAGGAUUUUAGGGCAGAUGCCAAUACCGAUUUUCCGACGACGCCGAGUUUGAACCAGAACAAUUUGAUCACUAAUGUUUCCGAGAAUUCACUUCCGAUCGAUAAUUCCCAUCUUUCGUCUGCUCCUCAAACCAGCAAUGACUCCAAAGUACCAUCAAAAGAUACUCCAUUCACUAUGGAAAAAGCCCAUUCUCAAACCAUGCAAAUAAACCCCCAGCAAUCCCCCGAACAAGAAAAAGCAAAUGCUUCUCCCCAUUUAAAAGAAAAACCAUCUUCCCUUUCCACCGCUAGCACACCUCUCCGCCCGAAAAAGAAGCGUCGUCCGCGUGCGAAAAAAGUUCUCACCCCGGCGGAAACUCUCAUGGUACGGGAAAAAUACCUCGAGAAAAAUCGACGCGCAGCGCGAAAAUGUCGUCUUAAGAAAAAAGCAGAAAUGGCUGCUGAUCAAGCGAAAUACGAUCACUAUGUUUCGGAAUUACGUGCUACGAAAAAACAGCUCGAGGACAGUCGGAAGGAAUUGUUGGAAUUAAUUGCGGUUUGUAAGGGUAUGGUGGGGGAAGGAUGCGGUGAUGGAGUUAUUAGGAGGUUUGUGGCGAAUUGGGAGAGGAGGGAGGAGGCUUGUAGGGGAAUGUUGGAGAGUGGGGAUAUGGGGGUUGAGGCGUGGAAAUUGGUGGAGAAGUGUAGGAGUGCGAGGUUGGGGGAGGGGGUUUUGGGCGAUGUAGGAUUAGAUGGAGGUGGUGAGGCAGCGCCGUUUUGGCAGGAUUCCAAUGCGUUGGGCUUGAAGACCCAGGGUUCUGCGCUGGGAAAUGAGGUGGUGAUGGGACAGGGAAAUACUGACCCGGUGAAUGCGACUGCGGCGGAAGAUUCUUGUUAUCUCUCUUCCGGUUUGACAGAUUGUGAUGAGACAGCUCCGUAUAGCUUUUGUCAACAUUCACCUCUGACACAGCAAACACAGCUACCUGAAAAUCCCAGACAACAUUCAAGACAACAUUCAAGACAGCAACUCCAAAACAUAAAUUGGCACCAUUUUGUAUCCUCGUUUCAGGAACCCUCUGCAUCGAUUCCCACCACAGGUUUCACAAAUUCCAACCACAGCGAAACAUCUUUCCAGUCACCAUACUCCGCAACUCAAGCGACUCAAUCCAUGACAUCACCCCUAACCUCCUCACCUACAUCACCAUUCCAAAGCCACCAAGAAGGCCAGAUCAUCCCCACCUCUCUAACCAUAUCAACCUCCGAAACCAACUCACCAAACUCCCAAUCUUCUCCCACCUCUCUCAACAAACCAAACUCACAAAAUCUCCAACAACGAAGUAGUUCCAUCAAAAUUGCCCCACGAUUACGUCACGAAAGUCUCGAUAGCGGAUAUGGAUCUAUCUGCUCUACAACAACGCAUCAAUCAAAUUCCAACUCCAACUCCAACUCCCUAUCGAUCAAUUCCGCAUCCGUAUCCUCUUCCCAAAACCCCUCAAGCACCAAUUCAAACUGCUGGUCCCCAUCCUCUUACCUCUACGCAUCAGAAAUAAACCCCACAAACACAUUGCACGACUCCUGUAUGAAUUUCCCCCCUGAAAAUGCGGAAAUAAAUACCAUUAAUCUUCCCAUCAUUUGCAAUGUCAAUGUCAAUGCAAAGACAAAUGCAAAUCAGAACUAUGAAGAAACACUAUCCAAUUCCUCAACAAACCCUUCUUCCUCGUCCUUCGGCGCCCUAGUUACAGACUCCGAAUUCGGAUAUAACGAAAUUGCUGAUGCGGGUAUGGAUACACAUACUACAGCUACAACAACAGCGCAAAAUAAUUCCUCCAAUCAUCCUCCAACUACCAACGAUAUGGAUAUCGAUAAAGACCCAUCUAAAUCCAUCAUAAUAGUUUCCUAA